GCUGUGUAUAUCACCUCAACAUUACCUUAUGUGGUGCUGACCAUCUUCCUGAUCAGAGGCUUGACCUUGAAAGGCUCUUUGAAUGGAGUGAAGUUCCUCUUCACCCCAGAUAUGAAUGAACUAAUGAACCCAACGACUUGGCUUGAUGCGGGUGCCCAGGUUUUCUAUUCAUUCUCUUUGGCCUUUGGAGGUCUGCUGUCUUUCUCCAGCUACAACUCAGUGCACAAUAACUGUGAACAGGAUGCAGUCAUCAUCUCUAUCGUGAACGGAGCCACUGCUGUCUACGCUGCAACAGUCAUUUACACCAUCAUUGGCUUCCGAGCCACAGAGAAGUUUGAUGACUGUAUUUCUGGAAAUAUCCUGACACUGCCAUUAUUUGAUCUCCAGAAGAAGAUCACUGAGAAUAACCAGAUCAG